UCCUCCUUCGGCUUCCGCGGCGGGGCCGGAAGUAGCAGCAGCAGCGGUGGCGGCCGGGAGCGGACGGAGGCUCAAAGGUGGAGUCCAGAUCCCGCGGCUCGAGAGUGGGGUCCCGGAGCCGCCGCGUCGGUAAUAGCCUCAGGAGUCCUUCCUCACCCGAGACACCCGUGCGGGCGGGCGGAGUAGGGAGGGGCUCGGACCCCUGGGUGCGUCUCCCCCCCCCCGCCCCCCGCACCGGGGGGGCCGCGUGAGGCGGGGGGACCAUGGCGGAGAUCAGUGACCUGGACCGGCAGAUCGAGCAGCUGCGCCGCUGCGAGCUCAUCAAGGAGAGCGAGGUCAAGGCUCUGUGCGCCAAGGCCAGAGAGAUCUUGGUGGAGGAGAGCAAUGUACAGAGGGUGGACUCCCCCGUCACGGUAUGUGGGGACAUCCAUGGACAAUUCUAUGAUCUCAAGGAGCUGUUCAGAGUGGGUGGCGAUGUCCCUGAGACCAACUACCUCUUCAUGGGGGACUUUGUGGACAGAGGCUUCUACAGUGUCGAAACAUUCCUGCUGCUGCUUGCCCUCAAGGUCCGGUAUCCUGACCGCAUCACUCUGAUUCGGGGGAACCAUGAGAGCAGGCAGAUCACCCAGGUCUAUGGCUUCUAUGACGAGUGUUUGCGAAAGUAUGGCUCAGUGACUGUGUGGCGCUACUGCACUGAGAUCUUUGACUACCUCAGCCUGUCUGCCAUCAUCGAUGGCAAGAUCUUCUGCGUGCAUGGGGGCCUCUCUCCCUCUAUCCAGACCCUGGACCAGAUCCGGACGAUUGACCGGAAGCAGGAGGUGCCUCACGACGGGCCCAUGUGUGACUUGCUCUGGUCUGACCCUGAAGACACGACAGGCUGGGGUGUGAGUCCCCGAGGAGCUGGCUACCUCUUUGGCAGCGAUGUGGUGGCCCAGUUCAACGCAGCCAAUGAUAUUGACAUGAUAUGCCGGGCUCACCAGCUGGUGAUGGAAGGCUACAAGUGGCACUUCAAUGAAACUGUGCUCACAGUGUGGUCAGCACCCAACUACUGCUACCGCUGCGGAAAUGUGGCAGCCAUCUUGGAGCUGGAUGAGCACCUCCAGAAAGACUUCAUCAUCUUUGAAGCUGCACCCCAGGAAACCCGGGGCAUCCCUUCCAAGAAGCCAGUGGCUGACUACUUCCUGUGACCCCCACCCAAGUCCCUUCCACCCCCAUCCUUUACUCCUCUCCCUAGCCUCAACAUCCUUUGGACCACUGUGACUCUGUCCCCUGCUAUUCCUAUUGCCACCAUCUGCAGGACAGGGUCUCCCAAGGUGGGGGAGAUUUCCCCGUCUCCUCCCUAGGAUCUCAGAGGACACUGGGAGAGCAGAGAAGCCUUUCCCAUCCUGUGUUCUGUCCUAGGCAGAGGUGGGGGGGCGGGGUAGGAGGACAACCUUUGAUCCAAUUUCCUCCUCCCCCAGAUUCUUGGUUUCUAAGUUUCUGGUGGUUUUUUUUUCUGGUUUUCUCUUUUUUGUUUGUUUGUUUUUAGAUAAAAACUUUGGGGAAAAAUGAAAAAAAAUUCUAAUA